GAGAUGCUCCUACCCACACUUCGAUCUAGCCAUGGCCGUACAGAGUUUGCUGCAAUACGUGGGCUCUAGCUCGCUGCUCUAUUUGGCAGCAGGGCUGGCCGCUCUCCUUUACUUUCUUACCAGCUUGAAGAAGUCGGUUUGCAGUUUGCCUCCCGGGCCACGACCUCUUCCUCUGAUUGGAAACUUGAAUGUGGUGGACCUGAAAAAGCCGUUCCAGUCGCUGACAGAGCUCUCCAAGAUAUAUGGCAACAUCUUCACUGUGCAUUUUGGACCCAGGAAAGCUGUGGUACUGGCUGGAUACGAAACCAUCAAGGAUGCCCUUUUAAAUCAUGCUGAAGAGUUUGGAGAGAGAGCAGAAAUACCCAUUUUUAGGAAAAUGACACAAGGAAAUGGCAUAGCAUUCAGCCAUGGAGAGCUAUGGAAAACUAUGAGAAGAUUCACCUUGUCCACACUGCGAGAUUUUGGAAUGGGAAAGAGAACCAUUGAGAUCCGAAUCCUGGACGAAGUAAAUUCCCUCAUUAAAUAUUUCGAAUCCUAUCACGGGAAGCCGUUUGAUACGAAGAUGAUACUCAACAAUGCUGUAUCCAACGUCAUCUGCUCUAUAUUGUUUGGAGAGAGGUUUGAAUAUGAUGAUCCUGUAUUUCUAACUUUGCUGAAGCUGUUAAAUGAAAAUACUAAGCUGCUGGGUUCCCCUAUGGUGCUGUUAUAUAAUUUCUACCCAUCCCUUGGAUUUCUCUCUGGAGCUUCCAAGACUGUCCUACAAAAUGUCAGUGAACUGAACGCUUUUCUCCAGAAGCUCUUCCAGGAACACAAAGAAGAGUUUAAUGAAAAUAACUUAACAGGCUUUGUUGAUGCCUUUCUGAUGAAGCAACAACAGGAGUCAAAGAAACCCCACACUAUGUUCAGCAACGGAAACCUUUUGUUCUCAACCCUGGACCUCUUUGCUGCUGGGACUGAGACUACUUCUACAACCGUGCGCUGGGGUCUUCUGCUGAUGAUGAAAUACCCAGAAAUUCAGAGAAAGAUUCAGGAAGAAAUGAACCACGUCAUUGAACCGGGAGAGCUGCCUAAGUUGGAGGACCGGAAAAAAAUGCCUUACACAGAUGCAGUGAUACAUGAAAUACAAAGGUUUGCCAAUAUUGUCCCAAUGGGUGUAUCACGAUCAACUCCUACUGAUGUGAAUUUCCAAGGCUAUGUGAUUCCUAAGGGUACAGAGAUUAUUCCACUGCUGACCUCCGCUCUGAAUGACGAGCUGCACUGGAAAACCCCGGAUCAGUUCAACCCUUCCCACUUCCUGGAUGCUGAUGGGAACUUCAUUAGGAGAGAGGCGUUUAUUCCAUUCUCCAUAGGACGAAGGGCUUGUGUUGGAGAAGGACUGGCCAAAAUGGAGCUGUUCCUCUUCUUUGCAGGCUUGCUCCGCAAAUUUGUUUUCCAAACCCCUCCAGGAGUGGAUAAGUCAGACCUAGAUCUCACUGCUGAUGUCGGCUUUACCUUGAACCCUAUGCCUCACCUGGUUUGUGCUGUGCCCUGUGAAUGAUCAAAUGAC